AUGCCUGGGAAAGAAUUAUCUAGCCCUUGUGUGGAUUGCCACGAUGUAGAGUCGAUCUUGACUGUUCGGUCGCGACGCCUGUGCAGAAAUUGUUUUGUCCGCUAUGCCGGGGGCAAGAUUGUGCGUCGCAUGGAGAAGUUUCGCCGCCAACCGAAAAGUAGCCAGUACAAGCUGCUUCUUCCUCUCUCCUACGGUGUUUCGUCCUCGGUUUUGCUACAUAUGGUGUAUGCGCAACUUGAGCGUCAGCGGGCCAAUACCUACUCUCCGACUGGUUUUGAUCUGCAAGUGCUGGUUGUCGAACCAUCCACGAUUUCCGCGUUCUCUCCAGCAUGUGAAGAGCGUUUUGAAACAGUGCAGAAGGCAUUUCCCGCGAUUUCCUUCACUCAGGUUUCAUUUCACAGCAUUUUCGAAUUCGACCCCAAUGUUCUGGAGACUCUACAAGAAUUUGCAGGCUCAAGUUUUGUAGACGAUCCCUCGUUGCCGGCGUUAGAUCGCCUUGAGAAAUUUCGCAGAUCUAUCACCACUUCAACCUCGCGGACCGAUGUCGAUAAUAUCCUGUUGAUCAGACUCGUUGUCGCAUUUGCAAAGGCGUCCGGUUGUCAGACAAUCUUGUGGGGAGACUCGGACAGUCGUUUGGCGGCCAAAGCUUUGGCUAAUGUAGCGAAGGGCAGAGGGUCUUCGCUGACAUGGCAAGUCUCAGACGGUAUUUCACCGUGGGGUAUUGAAUUCGAGUAUCCGAUGAGAGAUCUGUUCAAGACCGAACUAGAUAAUUAUGCCAACCUCUUCCCGGAAGUGAAGAGCUUCGUCAUUCCUGAUGCACCAAUCUCGGAAAAUAUCCUCACAAAGAACCUAUCUAUUGACGAACUCAUGAUGCGAUACGUUCAAACCCAGGGUGAAAAGUAUCCUGGGGUCAUGGCCAACGUGGCCAGGACGGCAAGUAAACUCCAGGCCUCGGAGCUACGUUCUGGGCAAUGCAAACUGUGUGGUGCAUCUACCGCCAGUGCUGAAGGAUUGACGGGCGGUACUACGAUAUCGGAAGAGAGGGAAAUUCCUCGGUUCUGCCUCGGGUGUGCUAGGUCUCGCCCUAUGCUGGACAACUAA